UCGAAACAUUCCACCGCCUGCCACUAUAUUAAAAGGCGGCCAAGUCAUUUGCAACCGUUUACUGUCGUCCCGCUCGAGCCCAGCGGUUGAUUAAAAUUUUCCGGCUCUCCUGCCGAAGAAAACGCGUUUUUUCUCAGUGGUAAUCAGUGGUUUUCUGGUGUGUGAUCUUUGGAUACAACUGCCAUCAUGUCGGCCUGCGUAAACGAGAGAGUUUUCGUGGAUUCUCCACUGAAGAACAAAGUGGCGCUGUUCAAUACGAUGUCAAACAGCCACAGCGAAAAGCAGGCGGUCAAUCCCUUCUCCAAUGAUCAGUGCGUGUCCAAGCUGCCCAGGCCGAAAAUCUCCAAAGAGGACUAUGGAAAGCCGCCAAAAGGCUCCCUUUCCGAGCAGAGGUCCUUCAAAGCGACCAUCCAAGUGUGCAAAGAAAUGCUCCAGCUGUGCGAAAUCAUCAACCAAUGCGGCGAGCCCCUUUAUGAGCCCCACGAAAAAAAGGACGACCCAAGGAAAGUGAUCAGUUUCGGAAAUUUAUUUUCGAUCUACACAGGAAUUUCGGAUAAAGUGGUGGGAAUGCUGAUACGGGCCCGGAAACACCAGCUAGUUGAAUUCGAGGGCGAAUGCCUGUUCCAGAGGCGAGACGACCAUGUGCCCAUUUUCCUCCUGAAGUCGUUUAAGGAAACCCACAUGAUCCUGAAGGAGAAAAUCGACGCUGCUGCCAAGCAGCUGAGAGACAGCAUAGCUGUCUAUGGAGAGCUGGAUACGUCCAAUUACAUUUAAAACUAAGCCACAAUUAGAUUAAAUUAAAUUAAUUGAAUAUCACCAACUGGGCCGACCGUGGGUGAUAUUUCAAAGCCCUUUAAAUUGCCGGUAAGAGAGUUCUGCUCUCCGUGCUGGUAAACCGAAGGCCUUCAGUGAUAUAGAGGUGUAACCAGCUAGGAUUAAGGAAACCUGUUGUACAUUUUUGUUUUUUAGCAAAUUAGCAAUUUUUCUAA